UGAAGUUUCGGUAAGCAGCAGCAGCAGCAGCAGUAGCAGCAGUGAGUGAGGACAAGCAGGAGCUGACUUUGAUUUCCUGGUACUGUUUUGGUCGAAAAGAUUUCGUCACGUCGCUAGUCUCUCGCGUUGUCUCGUUUCGGCCAGCGAUCAACCGUAUCCGUCCCGGAUAUCAAUCCUCGUGUUAUUAAUUUAUUUCCAGGAAUAUGAGAUGGCCAGACUUGUAGCGAAACUAAUCGUUUAUUUGUGUCUGAUCUGUAACAUUAUUAGCGGUAAUAAGAAUGCCGAUGAGAAUAACGUUGUCGAAGGUGUAAAAGGAGGGACAGUUUAUAAAACGGCCGAAAUUUCCGGUUUCGCGUAUUUGGUGGAGACGUUCGACGACGAAGAAAAAUUCAAGAAGACGUGGGUCCUCUCCGAAGCCAAGAAAGAUUCGACGGACGAUGACAUAGCCAAAUACGAUGGAAUUUGGUCCGUGGAAGAACCGAAGAAGCAUGCACAGGACGGAGACCUGGGCCUGGUGCUCAAGAGCAAAGCUAGACACGCUGCCCUGUCCACCCUGCUGUCCGAGCCGUUUCACUUUAAGGAGAAGCCAUUGAUCGUGCAGUACGAAGUUAAUUUUCAAGAGGGUCAAGAAUGCGGUGGCGCCUAUAUGAAACUUCUCAGUUUGGAUGCGGAGCACCAGGAACUGAACCAGUUCCACGACCGAACCCCUUAUACGAUAAUGUUCGGUCCAGACAAAUGCGGAAACUCUCACUAUCUUCGGUUUAUCUUCAGACACAAGAACCCGUUGAACGGUUCUAUGGAGGAGAAACAUUGUAAAAAGCCAAAGGAGCGUUUGGAAGAAUUGUUCAAGGACAAGCAGCCUCACUUGUACACCCUGAUCGUACGUCCCGACAACAGCUUCGAGAUAAAGAUCGACAAUAAAUUGGUGAAUUCUGGUUCUCUGUUGGACGAUUUCGAUCCACCCGUGAAUCCGCCGUUGGAGAUCGAGGAUCCGAACGACGCACAGCCGGACGACUGGGACGACAGGGAAAAGAUCCCGGAUCUGUCGGCCGUCAAGCCUGACGAUUGGGACGAGGAUGCCCCGGCUCAGAUCGUCGACGAAGACGACGUUAUGCCGGACGGAUGGCUGGAGGACGAACCGCCGGUGAUUCCGAACACCGACGCGGUCAAACCCGACGAUUGGGACGUCGAUAUGGACGGGGAAUGGGAACCACCUGAAAUACCGAACCCGAAGUGUGCCGAUGUGCCGGGCUGCGGACCGUACAAGCAAAAGAUGAAGAAGAACCCGCGAUACAAGGGUAAAUGGUCGCCACCGUUGAUCAACAAUCCCAAUUUCAAGGGAAAAUGGAAGCCGAGGCUGAUACACAAUCCUAAUUACUUCAACGAUGAACACCCGUUCCAGAUGACGCCCAUCUUCGCAGUCGGUUUCGAACUUUGGUCCAUGUCCCCGGAUAUACUCUUUGACAAUAUACUCGUUACCGAUGACGAACGGGUGGCGAAAAAAUGGGCAGACGACACGUUCGAAGUGCGUCGAGCUAGAAUCGCCGAGGAAAGCGUAACUUUAUGGGGCCGCAUAUUAAAAGCGACCAAUUAUAGACCAGGCUGGUGGGCGUUGUAUUUCGUGUAUUGCGCGAUACCGGUCGUAUUGUACGUUUGGUACCUACUGAAACGAGUUCGCGAGGAUAAAUACGACUCGAAGGACGAAGAUAAACACCAUUUAGAGUCGAACGCGGACGAGCCAACGCGGACACCGAAGCAAGAGGAAAGUGAAAACGAUCCGUCGUCGCCACCGUCGCCGUCGCCGCCGCCGACGGCCGGUACGGAAUCGGAGGAAGAAAUCGCCGUCGAAAAGGUGGAAGAAACCGAACAACUGAUAGAAAGCGAAGAGAACGACAAGCCUGCGAUGGGUGGCGACGGACCGCGACGAAGAAAACCAAAUAAAGAAUAGAGUAGAAUUCGAAUUAAACGAAACCGAAUUCGUAUCAAGAUAUUUAUGCAACACUCGCGCGCAUUCCAUUUAAAAAGACACUAUCGAUUCGCUAUCGCGGACGCGUUACGACUCUUCACGACAUAAGACCAGAUCUCUACCUAAACGCGAACAUAAAGCUAAAGCCGAAAGUUAACGCACGGAGGUGGAUGUGGAAGGGAGAGAGGGCGGGACGUGGCAUUUACGGUUUCAUCCCGCUAAGUGUAAUAACGUUCCAUCGUGCGUCAUAUAUUUCGAGCAAACUGAAUUUCACACUUUUAAGCCUGUUCUUUUCACACACGAACGAAUGAUAUAAAUACUUUGAAAGACUAUGCUGUAAGAAUGAUGUUCGGUGUCGACUAUUUAUGCCUUAAUUGUAAUAUGUAGCGUGAUUCGGUAACUUUUGUUACUAUUACUACUGUAUAUUUAGAAAAAGAGUGAACCGAAUAGAAUAGAUUUAUUCACAACGUUUCUGUACAACAACGGAUUAUUCUUUUUCCUUAGACAGUUUGUGAGUCAUGUCGCGUACGAUACUCUUGAACGUGUCACACCGUAUAGAACUUGUUACACGUUACAGUUAUUAGUUAUUAUUCCAUGAGCAUUCGUGAUAUCGUCGAACCACCGAAAUAUCUACGAUACUUUUUAAGCAAUGUGUUUCUUAAUCUUUGUCUUAAUAAAGUGUACUACAUUGUGAAUGA